GCGGCGCCAUAGACGUGCGGCGCGCUGGCUCGCUCCCUCCCUUCCUCCGGCGCUAUCAAGUGAUGCUGUUUGGAAAAAUUUCCCAGCAGUUGUGUGGCUUAAAGAAACCCCCACGGUCAUGUGACUACAGAAACUUUUGGGGCUGGUUGAAUGCAGUAUUUAAUAAAGUAGAUUAUGAACGCAUCAAGGACGUGGGACCCGAUAGGGCAGCAUCUGAGUGGCUGCUACGCUGUGGGGCCACGGUGCGCUACCAUGGCCAGGAGAGGUGGCAGAAGGACUACAACCACCUCCCAACAGGACCUCUGGAAAAAUACAAGAUCCAGGCAAUUGAUGCCACCGAGUCUUGUAUCAUGAGAAUUGGAUUUGAUUAUCUGGAGGGCCUACAGCACGUUGAAAAAAUAAGACUAUGCAAGUGUCAUUAUAUUGAGGAUGACUGUUUGGAGAGACUUGGUAAACUGGAAAAUUUACAAAAAAGCAUACUGGAAAUGGAAAUAAUUUCAUGUGGGAAUAUCACAGACAAAGGAAUCAUUGCUUUAUAUCACUUAAGAAACCUCAAGUAUUUGUUGUUAAGUGAUCUUCCUGGAGUAAGAGAAAAAGAAAAUCUUAUCCAAACCUUUAAGACAGCACUGCCUUCUCUGGAACUAAAAUUAGACUUGAAGUAAAAUAA